GCCGAUACGCCAGGCCCCACCCCCAAUCCGCCAGGCCCCUCCCCUGAUCCGCCAGGCACCGCCACCCAUCCGACCUGCCCCACAGGUACUGACCACCCCACCACCACUCUGGCAGGCUCUGCCGCCCCCACCACCACUGAGGCAGGCCCCGCAGGCUCGGCUGCCCACCCCGCAGCUGCGGGCGGCCCCACCGGUGCGAGCGCCUCCACCAAUUCGGGUGGCCCCGCCAGCACCUCAGGUGCCCACGGCGCCUCCUGCUGGCCCCCAGGCGCCCCCAGUGGCCAUGCCGGCCCCUCUCCCGGCCCCACUGCCUGCCCCCCAGGCUGCGCACUGCCCACCCAUCAUCUGGCAGGCCCCCAAAGGCCAAGCCCCGGUGCCACACGAGAUGCCGACAUCGAUGGAGUUCCAGGAUGUGCAGCAAGGCCAGGCGCUGACCUGGCAGGCGCCAAAGGCCCCUGGGCAGUUCUGGCAGCCCCUGCCCACCCAGGAGGCCCAGAGGCAGGGCCCAUCGUUGGUUCAACUGGAGCAGCCCUUUCAGGGGGCCCCAGCCUCCCAAAAGGCCCUGCAAAUCCAGCUACCCCCCCAGCAGGCCCAGCCCUCGGGUUCGCAGGCAGAGCUGCCAUCCCUGCAACCCCAGCCCUCCUGGCAGGGCCCCCCUGCAGCCUCGCAGGGCCAGCCCGGAGCCCCCUUAGCAGGGGCAAAUUUUCCCAUGGGCUGUGAUAAAUCAUUGAUGACUCCUUCAGGAGAAUCCAGGGCCUCUUCUAUAGACCGAAGGACCUCUUCAAAGGAACGUAGGACCUCUUCGAAGGAACGCAGGGCUCCUUCGAAGGAUCGCAUGAUCUUUGCUGGCACCUUUUGUGCUCCGAGGGCAGUGCCGACUGCCCGGGCGCACCUGCCUACGCCCUGGAAGAACUUGCCUGGGGCAUCAGAGACCUUUACUGCCACCCCGAGGGUCUUUCCAGCUACCUCCCAGUUCCAGCCUGCCUCUUCGAAUGCCUUUCAGGGCCCCUCUGCCAGCUCAGAGGCCCCAAAGUCACUGCCAUUUGCUCUGCAGGAUCCCUUUGCCUGCGUCGAGGCCCUGCCGGCAGUUCCGUGGGUGCCACAGCCCAAUGUGAGUGCCUCGAAGGCGUCCAAGGCAGUGCCCACCAUCCUGCUGGCCACGGCAGCUGCCCCCAAGGCAAUGGCCACCACUCAAGAGGCCUCGAAGACCGCCGCUGAGCCUCCUCGUCGGUCAGGCAAAGCCACCCGGAAGAAGAAGCACCUGAACACGGAGGAGGAUGGCAGUGGUCAGAUGCUGGGCAUGCGCAACUGGCAGCCCCCCCGGCGCUGGGAGAGUGUGGACUUGAAUGAGUGGGGGGUCCUAGGUGGCUGGGAGGGCCCAAGCACCUCCCAUGGUCUGAGUGGCUGGGAGGGUCCUAGCACCUCCAGGAUCCUGAGUGGCUGGGAGGGGCCCAGCACAUCGUGGGCUCUGAGUGCCUGGGAGGGUCCGAGCACCUCCAGGGCCUUGGGUCUCUGGGAAAGCUCAUGCAGCCCUCAGUCCUUGGUCAUCUCUGAGCUCCCCAAUCUGGCUCAGGGAUUCGGUGCCCCCCAGGAUGACCCCACACUGGAGAGGCAGCCACUGUCUCCCUUAGAUGAGAGGGCUAAUGCACUGGUGCAGUUCCUCUUGGUCAAGGACCAAGCCAAGGUGCCCAUCAGGCGCUCAGAGAUGGUGAGAUUCGUCAUCCGUGAAUACAAGGACGAGUGCUUAGAGAUUAUCAACCGUGCCAACCACAAGCUGGAGUGUGUUUUUGGUUAUCAGCUGAAGGAGAUUGAUCCCAAAAACCACUCUUACAUUCUUGUCAACAAGAGUCACAAGGGGGGAGCAGGGCCGUCCUACCUGGACCGGCCCAAGUUAGGCCUCCUGAUGGUGGUCCUGAGCCUCAUCUUUAUGAAGGGCAAUUGUGUCCGGGCAGACCUGAUCUUUAAUUUUCUGUACAAAUUGGGGCUGGAUGUCCGGGAGACCCACAGUCUCUUCGGAAACACAAGGAAGCUCAUCACCAAAGUGUUUGUGAGGCAGAAGUACCUGGAGUACAGGCGGGUCCCCCUCACUGAGCCCGCAGAGUAUGAGUUCCUCUGGGGCCCCCGAGCAUUCCUCGAAACCAGCAAGAUGCUUGUGCUGAAGUUUCUGGCCAGGCUCCAUAAGAAAGAUCCACAGUGCUGGCCGUUCCAGUACUUGGAGGCUCUGGCAGAGUGUGAGUCUGAAGAUGCUGAUAAGGAUGAGCCUGGCCCCGGUGAUAACGCCGAUGACCCCACCAGCAGCCCCCCUCCCAGCUAAUGUGGUUUAGCAGCUACCUUCUCUCUCAUUGUUCCUGUUCCUUUGGGUCCCCGGCCAAAGGCCACUGACAGGGUGGGGUGGGGGGGACGUUUUGUUUCUGGUGUUUAUGUUCCAGUUCUUUCUCUGUGUAAGUUUGGACUUCAACUUGCUUUCGUAUCUGCCAAAGCUUUGUACAUUUUUCAUGUGGUGUUGAUUUCAAUCAGCUACUGUUCUCUUUGGUAUUUUGGCAUCUGUAUUUUUUAAGUGAGAUCUGUGAUUCUCCUGUUUUGUGUUAUAAUUGUUAAGUUUUUUGGUAUCAGAGUUGUGCUGGCUUUGUGAAAUGAAUUGAGAAGCUCUCCAUCUCAUUCUGGUACAGAUGAUGUAGCAUCAAACUAGGCUGUUCUUUGAUGUUAAAAAUGACUCAUCAGUUAAAGCUGUCUGCAGAAAAAUAAAUAUCUAUAUCUAUAUAUAUAAAUAUAAUUUCAGCAUAACA